UAUUUUGGUGACGUGAACACAAGGAAAGAAAGAGGGAGACACUAAUUUCAUCGUUGUUCGAACUGAAUUUGCUUCUAGCUGACAGAAGCAUUGUCUUUGACAAUGAAUACAUAUGUUACUCAUCCAAGUGUUCGGAUUAAAGGUACAGAAAAUAAUUUGACUCCAAUGAGAUGUGUGGAUCAGAGGUGUGGUGAUGGUACAUUACACAUGCAUUGCCCAUUCUGUGUGAAGACUGAACUGUAUCAUGACCCAGUCAUACUGAAGGCUCAUUAUAGAGUUAAACAUGUAGAUAAGGGAAUAGAUUUUGCUGGUUUGAAAAUUUUACGAUGUUGUGAUCAUUGUGACAUUGUUGGUAUAAUUAAAGGAGAGAAAAAGUUUAAAGGAGCACAUUGGCAUUGUUAUAAAUGUCGUAAUGGUUUUAACAGGAGAGAUGAAGCAAUUAAACAUUACAAAACCCACUUCAGAAAUCCACAAACCACUUUUCAGAUUCAAAUUGCUCAGGAAGUUUACCCUCCUAAAUAUGAAGAUGAGAUGACAUCAUCAGCUGUUGAUAGCACAGGUCUUUCUAUCCACCCAGCUCUUACAGAAGCUGUCAUGUCUACAUCUGUUGGCCAUGAAUUAGCUGCAAUAAGUCAUCCCACCCAAGUGAGUUUAACUAAUGUAAAGUCUGGUGAAAUCCACACAUCUGUUGCUGCUGAAGAAACUGUAGAUAGUUCUAAUGGUCAGACACACCAUAUAAUGAUAAUACAGGAGGAACCUCCAUCACAAGUUAUAUCUAAUGAUGAGGUGAAUAUAGAAGUGAAUAUAGAGGAAGAAAAAGAGAUUGCUGAGGAUCAGAAUACAGAUAAUCAAUUUGAAGAUCUAAAACAGAAAUAUAAAAAACUAGAGGUGGAGAAAAUCUUAGUGGAACAAUCGUACAAAACAGAUAUAUCAGAAUUACAAACUCAGGUUAAUGAAUUGCGAAAUGAAAUAGCAGAAUAUCAGAAGCGUGAACAGGAUUAUUUAGAACAGUUGAGUGUACCCCUAGACAAAAAUAUAGAAAACAUUCUUAAACAAAUGGAAAAUCAACACAGGAGUUUACUUCAUCAACAUUUACUUAAUCUUAAACGUGAAUAUAAACCAGUUCCUUUAAUAUUAAAUACAAUGUCAACCGAGAACCAUCAAUACCUGCCACAAAACAGUAUAGAACUUGGACAGGAGGUGUCCCCUGCCACCAGUAUGUGUUCAUCCACAGACAAUGUUUCCAGUUCUAACUUAGAUAUGCCAACAAGUAUGAACUUAGAGGAGGCUAUCGCAGAAAACAUUUGUAAUGGCAAUAAUGAAAUUACUGACGAAUCUUCCGAACAUAAAAUAGAGGGUACUAAAGUUCACUUUGAGAAAAGUGGUUCAGGUGAUCCGUUUGUUGUGUGUAUACAGUAUGAAGACACUGGUGAUCCUAAGUGUGCUAACGUAAUGGUUGAAAUGGCUACAGAAGAUAGUGUAGAAACAAUCGGUGAACCAAUGGUAAAGCGUGUCAAGAUUUCAUGAUCUAACAUUACAAAAAAUAGUAUAAUACAUUUAUUGAUGGUUGGAACAAUAUCUAAAAGAAAUAAAAUAUAUCUAAUCUUCAUAUUGAAGGUUGGAAAAAUAUUUACAAGAAAUAAAAUGUAUCAAAUCAUCAGAGAAGAAGCUGUAUGACAUUGUAUCUAUGCAUUUAUUUUAUUGUUAAGACUGAACCAAACUUCCAUUGUAAAGAGAAUUAACCAAGUUGAAAUAGAAAAAAAUACUCAUCUUUAAGACUACAAAAAAUGAAAAUUUGUAUUUUAUUCACUCUUAUUUGUUUGUAAAUUAUCUUUUAUUUCACACAAACAUUUAAAAAAAAAUAAAUCUGUAUUUAAUUUCCACAGAAUCAUUGUCUACAUUUUGGAGAUAUGCCCCUUGAAAAUAAAUCAUCAUCUUUGUUUCCAUAUAGUAACCUGAAUGAUUUGUUUGGGUUUCAACAUUGCAAUAUUAUAUUUUAGCCAUUACACCUCAACAUUACAUCUGAAAAAAUGCAUUUCUGUCCAUUGGAUUUUCUUAUGUUCUGUCCUCAGUUUGAUGUGAUGGUUAUAACUUGAAUAAUGUUUGAAUAAAAUUGGGUUGUUAGUUUGUGAUUUUUGUUUUAUGAUGUGUAUCGAUUAGUUACAUAUGAACUCCAUUCCAGUAACCUACUUUUAACUUAAAUAUGGUUCAUACUCAGUUACCAGCUAUUCAUAGUGAUAUUGUGCUGUUAUUUGGUAACAAAAAGAAUGUAAUUGUAUGAUGAGAAAUAACAUAUCAUAAUAAUGUUUUGUUUCUGUUAUCUCAUGUUGACAUAACCACAAAUAAGCAUACAAAUGUUUUUAAAACCAGUACUUAAUAUAAACCAUUCCCUUGUGAAUUUAUGACCAUUUCCACAAGUGCCAAAAUUAAACACACCAAAACAUAACCGAUUCUUUUUGGGUAAAAACCACAUAAAUAUCCCUACAAAAAAAUAACCCGAGUAACAGUAAUAGAGACUGCUUUGUGUUUUACAGGCGGUAUCGUACUUCCUUGAUCAAGUUUCUAACCAGUAUUUCUCCUCCUGAUUUUUUAGCGACAGUCAAAAUUUCCUGCCAUUCAUCCAAGUUGUUCCCCCUUGCAGAACCUACAUUUGUGAAAAUAGUUAAUUUGUUCUGGUCCUGAAUGUUCACUGCCACCGAACUAAUAGUCCCAAGCAUCAAUCAACCAAUCUCAUCUCAGGAUUAUUUUGAAGAUUGAGUAUCCCUGUCUGACUUAUUAUCUAACUUUUGCAGGUUUAAGACAAAACAUGUAUAAAUCAAAAAGCAUUAAAUUAAUUUUUCAGUUGACUUGUGGCAGGUUAAGUUACACAUUCAGUCAGAAAUCCUUUUCAAGUUGUUAUUACCAUUUAUAGUUGCAUUGUUUAUUUAUUUAUUAUUAUUACAAUUUUGUUAAACCAUGUCCUAUAUUUGAAUGUAAAUUAAAUAUUUUUCUCUUA